UUCAGCCCUCGACUUUAUACUUUAUACGUGUCGUGGCUAAAAGAGAUUUAACAGAGAAACAUUUGAAGUACAUGAGUUCAAAUGUUUGUUUCAGCCCGUGGAGUCAUUUACACAUCUUAUAAGUCUUCGUAGCUAAGCUAGCUAGCUUAACGUUUGACCUAACGUCAUCAUUAGUUAGUGUAAUGGAGAGUGCCUUGGUAAAAGACAACCCACUGCUGUUACCUCUCAACAAGGAGAAAACGCUCUACGACGGAUUCAUCACAGUCCAGGAACGAGACUUCAGACUGAGAGUGCAGCUUCCACCAGAUCGCCAAUUGAAACGUGCCAGGCUGCACUGCUGUUGGCAGCUGAAGCACCUGUUGCAGGGGUAUGAACACAUAGUGAAGCAGAGGCUGCAGCAGGCGGCUGAUCUUGUCACUUUCAUUCUGGAGCUGAAGACUGUCUUGGAAGUGGGUCUGAAAAGCCAUCCCCAGUGUCGCUCCAUCCCACCUCCACAGUAUUACUCCCAGCUCAUCUCUGAGAUGGAGACCCUCGGGUGGGGCAGGCUGCUCUUCAUCGACACCGAGUUCCAAACGUUGAGACUGAAGGCGGAGGACUCCUCCGGAAGGCAGCACGUUCUCACUGUUAAACUCAAGUCUAAGCACCCUGCAGAGGCCCCUGAAUGCUCAGCUGACCUUCCGGUCCCUCUGGCCGUAACCUGGACGCCACAGAGUACUCUGGACCAGCUCCACAGCCAGUUCCUGCUGGUUCUGGAGUCCCUGACCGAGUUCUGGGACGUCCUGGACGAGAUUGACAGCAGCACCUGGAUUCUGGAGCCGGAGAAACCCAGCCGGUCCGACACCAUGAGGCGGAUCGCCAUAGGAACCAACGUAUCCAUCAAAGUGGAGGUGGAUCCCAAACACCCCAAGAUGCUGCCAGAGUGCUGCCUGCUGGGAGCCGAGCACGCGGUGACUCCGCUGAGGAACAAGCUGAACGCCAACAUGCACCUGUGGAACCCGGACUCCGGCGUCUUGCACAACCUCCGGGAUGUUUUGGAGAUCGAAUUCCCGUCACCUGCCACCCACGAAAAAUCUAGCUUCAGCGUUGAGUGUGGGAUCUGCUACUCCUAUCGCCUUGAAGCUGCCAUCCCAGAUCAGGUGUGCAAUGACCCCCGCUGUGGCCAGCCCUUCCACCAGGCCUGUCUGUAUGAGUGGCUGAGAGCGCUCCCCUCCAGCCGGCAGAGCUUCAACAUUUUCUUCGGAGAGUGUCCUUACUGCAGCAAGCCCAUUACGGUGAAGAUGGCCGCCCAGCAGUCCUGAGACGUUCCUUUGAAAAUAUUAUUUUCAACGGGAUUUAAAAGCACUUUGGGA